AUGCCGAAGAAGAUGGGCGUGAACAGCAAAGCCGAAGAGGCUAGGGCUAGGAAGAGCGCCACCGAAGCGGAGCGGAAAGAGCGUGAUGCCCGCCAGAAAGAAGAUCAGUACUGGCACGAAGCCGAGGGCAACAAGUCGCGCGCCGCAAAGAAACGAGAAGAAGAGUCUGAGAAGCGAGCCGAGGCCGCGGCUCGUAAAGCCGAAGCGCGCCGGCUAGCCGAGCAAGAGGAGAAAGAGAUCGAAAAGACUAUGAGGAAGCCGGAUAAGAAGGUCAAUCGAGUUUCGAUUCCGGUACCCAAGGUCACCGAGGCGGAGCUCCAGCGGCGGAGGGAGGAAGAGCAGGCUGCAAUUCUGAAAAGGUCUGAGGAGGCAAAGAAGCGGCAGAGCCGGACCGCGGCGGAGGAAGAGUAUGAGAGAAUGGUUCUUGUGGCGAAUACGAAUCGUGAUGAUUCGAUUAUUGACGCACAUACGGUCGAAGAUGCGAUUGCCCAGAUGGCGGUCACCGAUACCUUGCCGGUUGAUAAGCAUCCUGAAAGGAGGCUUAAAGCGUCAUUCAAGGCUUUUGAAGAAGCCGAGCUUCCCAAGCUGAAGGAAGAGAAACCAGGCCUUACUCACACUCAAUAUAAGGACAUGAUAUGGAAGCUAUGGAAGAAAUCUCCAGACAAUCCUCUCAACCAGGUAAACUUCUGAAUCUUCUUCUUAACAGUUGCCUUUAUAAGGUCUUUGAAUGUUAGGUCAUUGUUGUACUUAUCAUCUCUUGAUAGCAUAUCUGGAAAUAUUCAUGGUCUUCCCUUCUCCUCGUCCUUCCUUUUUGUCAGUUUCACCAUUUAACAGGGUGAAUCCUUUAUGGUCCAGUCAACUUUACUUGAUUGUUUGGUGUUUUUAUAGUCUAGAAUCUACAUGGUUUUGCACCUUCAUUACUAGUGUUGGUCAUAAAGUCAUACUAACUGGACUUUUUUGGAGGGUCACUUCUGUUAUUUAUUUAGUUAUUUUUUCUGUCGAGAUUUCGUGAAGUGUGCUCUUCCUGGGUGCGUGGCUAAUUCUUGCAAAUUUUAGAAUGUCCUAACAUUUUUUAAUCUGUUAUUGGGGUUUUGAGGCCAUCUUGGGCAACCAGACCUACUUGAACAAGAAUUCUAAUGCCUUGUGUGCCAGCAUUUGCAAAAGGGUAGUUAUGUAACUUAUUACACAAGUGUGAAUAACUCUAUCCAUUGCUGGCAUCGAACAAUAGGCCUGCUCUGUUGCUUUGCCAUGUGGCAUUCUGUUGUACAGUGAAGUUUUGGCAUAAGCUCAGUGAUUUUUUUCCUGGCGAAUGAUUGAUGGUCUUACAAUAUAUCAUUUUUUAUGGAUAUAUAGGAAACAUUUUGCAGUUAAAGAGAAGCUUGCGGAUAUUGAUUUAUGAUGUUUUUCUCAUGGGGAGUUCGUCGGAAAUUAUAUUUUGUUGAAAAUGUACUUAUUAUUGUUCGAAUGUGAUUUGAGUUGAGUAGAAAGGAUAGAAUACGAAAUGACUGUAUUAGAGGAAUGAUAGGAGUAGCAACAAUUGAGGAUAAGUUGAGAGAGAAUAGAUUAAGAUGGUUUUUGUCAUGCUCAACG